AUGCGUACUCAAAUACUUCCACAAUAUGAUCAUUGUCAUAGUGCAUUAGGAAUGGAAUCAGGUACUAUACCUGAUAGCGAUAUUACGUCGAGUUCAUCACAUGAUUCUUCAAGUGUUGGACCACAUAUGGCUAGAAUUCGAACAGAACUCGAAGGUGGUGCAUGGUGUCCUGAUAAACAAAUUGGUCCUGGUAUUUAUGAAUAUAUUCAAAUAACAUUAUCACAAUUAAAUUAUAUAACAAUGGUUGAAACACAAGGACGAUUUGGAAACGGACAAGGAAAAGAAUAUACUGAAUGGUAUCAAGUACAAUAUCAACGAACCGAUAACGAAGAGUGGUUAACAUAUAGAACAAAAAAUAAUAAAACGGUCUUGAAUGGAAAUAUAAACACAUAUUUGGCUGAAAAACGUUUAAUGACAAGUCCAAUAUUAGCUAAACGAGUUCGUUUUGUGCCCUACAGUACAAGAUGGAGAACAAUUUGUAUGCGUGUAGAACUUUAUGGAUGUCCAUUUUAUGGUGGUGUUGUUGCGUACAGUGCACCACCAGGUACACGAUUUACUGAUGUCAAAUUAGAAGAUGAUACUUAUGAUGGAACACGAUCAAAUGCAUUAUGGUUUGGUGGUAUUGGUAAAUUAGUUGAUGGUCAAAUAGGUGAGAUAAACGUGUCUAAUAAACAAUUAUCAUCCGGAUGGAUCGGGUGGAAUCGUCAUCAAAUCGGUUCAUUUAUCGUUUUACAAUUUUAUUUCGAUGUAUCACGUCAUUUUAAAUCAAUAAAUAUCUAUUCUCAUUCUCAAUCAUCUUCUUUACCCUAUCAAUCGAUUCAUAUAACUAUGUAUAAAUUAUCAAACGAUUUACAAGAAUCGAAUGAUUUUGUUCAAUGGACACAUGUUCCAUCAUCAUCAUCAUCAUUGAAAAAAGAAGGAAUCACUAUCGAUACAAUAAUGUGUAAAACAACGGUACCAUUAGCAUCAAAAAUAGAUUUAAAAUUUCAAUUAACAGACGACAAUGACUGGCUGUUUUUAACCGAAAUUACGUUUGAUAAUAGUAUUAAUACAAUAACAACGGCCAUAAAAAAUUUAACAUCUCUCUGUAAAGACGCCUGUGUUUCAGUGAUCUCAAAUAAUCAAACAAAUUCCCUACAACAAUCAUCAUCAGCUAAACCGACAACUCUCUUUGGCAUUGAAUGGAUCGCCCUUGUUAGUUGUGGAAUAAUCGUGUGUUUUAUUUUACUUAUUUUGUUGACAUUCUUACGAUUUUAUUUAUUAAAUCGUAAAUCCUAUUGUAAAUCUCAACAAGUUCAACGUAGUACAUUAAAAGAAUUAGAAGCUCUUACCGAAAAUCAAGCUAUUAAUACUUAUGAUGAUGUUUCAAGUGAUAUUAUUACAUUACCAUCAUCAAUUAAAACACAAAGUAUGGGCUCAUAUAUUUAUCCAAUAACAAGUACAACAUCGGUAGGAAGUCACUUUCUAUCAUCACAAAAUAAUUCUCCAAAAGAAAAUUAUGCUGUCAUUGAUACUUAUUGUUUUAAUCAACAUAAUGGUAGUGGUGAUGGUAGAACAACAACAUCAUCAUCAUCCGAUAAUAGUAAUACACAACAGACAAGUUUCUAUUCCGACUGGUCUAAAUUAAAUUUAAAUAAUAAUAGUACAUUUCAUUAUGCUUCAUCUGACAUUACACAAGAGUUUCUAACGGAUGAUUUAUUUCCCAAUAUUCAAGGAUUAUUUGGCACAAAUCUUUUCCAUACAUCGGAUAAUACCUAUUUUAAUCGUAUAUCAAGACAAAUUCAAUCAAAUGUUAACGAAAAUAAACUCUAUGGAUUAAAAAAAAUUAGUGAAUCAGUUAAUGGAGAGAUUUAUAUCGGAAAAUAUGAUGAUGAAUGUACAAAUAAUAUUAAUAAAAGUGUAUUAAUUAAAAUUGUUAAAUCAACGAGUGCAAUAGCAUGCAGACAUUCAUUUAUUAAUGAAUUUAAUAUUUUAUCGACAUUGUCACAUCCAAAUAUUAUUCGUUUAUGUGGUGUACAAAAUGAACACAUGUAUUUAAUUCAAGAACAUGGAGACUUCGGAACACUUCAAGAUUAUUAUAGAACUCUAACAACAACAUUAGCAACCAAUGAUCAAUCUAUGCAAACAAUGAAUUAUUGUUUUGCCUAUCAAUUAUCAUCUGGCUUAGACUAUUUGUAUCAUUGUGGCAUUGUUCACGGUGAUAUAGCAACAAGAAAUUGUCUGUUUUAUCAAGAUUAUACAAUUAAAUUAUCUGAUCAUGCAAUGGUAUUAGAAAAAUAUUCAAAUGAAUAUUGGCAAUAUAAAAAUAAGAAAAUACCGUUAAGAUGGAUGCCAUCCGAUGCUAUGGUAUGUUCAUCCUUGAAAUCGGAUGUGUACAGUUUUGGUGUAUGUUUGUGGGAAAUUUGGAAUCGUUGUCAUUUAUUGCCUCAUUCUUCAUUAUCAAACUACGAACUCUAUUUAAAAUUAUGUCAAAUAAAUAAACAAUCUACAAACGAACUAAAAUCAUUAAAUUUACCAUUACCACCUGAUUGUCCGAAAGAAAUUUAUGAUUUACUUUGUGAAUGUUGGAAUUAUGAACAAGAUAAACGUCCUCAAAUUUCCGAUAUUUGUAUCUAUUUUCGACGACAAAUUGACGGAUGUAUUAUGUGA